AUGGGAAGCGGCCAGUAGAAAGCGGGCGAAGGCCAUGGCGAGGUGGAGUGUGUUGCCAGUACAGUAAGCGAGUCCAGUUAGCAGUACAGUUAGCUAGUCACUUAAGCGAUUAUUUUUCGUCGUGUAUUUUAUUUGCUGGAUCCGAUACAAACGUUUACGAUGUCGUCUGACGUUCUGAAGAAACGAAAACCCAAAGUGAUUCGCAACGAUGGGGGCACACCAGAGGGUAAACGUAGCAGAGGUGAAGGAGACCAGGAUGCCCGCGUGUAUAAUGAGGAGGUGGAGUUGGAGGGUAGGGAUCCUGCCCAGGAUUAUGAUCAAUACAAGGAGACCUGUGAGGCCCUCGCCAGGCUGAUGGCUGAAAUUCAGGAGCUGAAGACCAGUGGCUCCAGAGACAAUUCAGUUGAGAUUGAAGAGCGACGCAUGCAGAGCUGCAUCCAUUUCAUGACCCUGAAGAAGCUGAACCGCCUGGCGCACAUGAGGCUGAAGAGGGGCCGUGAUCAAACUCAUGAGGCCAAACAGCGAGUUGAUGCCCUUCACCUCCAGCUGCAGAACCUAUUAUAUGAGGUCAUGCACCUCCAGAAGGAGAUAAGCAAAUGCUUGGAGUUCAAAUCAAAGCAUGAGGAGAUUGAGCUUGUCAGCGUGGAAGAGUUCUUCCAGGAGGCCCCCCCAGAUAUUUGCCGUCCUCACCUAACUAAAGAGGACCCUCAUCAGCUCACUCUGGCUCGUUUGGACUGGGAGCUGGAGCAGAGGAAGAGGCUGGCUGAGAAAUACAGGGACUCCUUGGCCAGUAAAGAGAAGAUCCUUAAGAGCAUUGAAGUGAAGAAGGAGUACCUGAGUAGCCUGCAGCCUGGCCUCAAUGCCAUCAUGCAGGCCUCUCUUCCAGUGCAAGAGUACCUGUCCAUGCCAUUUGAGCAAGCACACAAGCAGAAUGAAGUUGCUCGUCACCUUCCACCACCACUGUAUGUGCUGCUGGUCCAGGCCAAUGCUUAUGGCCAGGCCUGUGAUAAGAACCUCUCUGUGUCCAUCAGUGGGGAUGUGGAUGAAGCCAAGGCCCUGUCCAAACCCCCAGAGGACUCCCAAGAUGAUGAAAGUGACUCCGAUGCAGAAGAGGAGCAGCAGAACACGAAGCGUCGACGGCCCACUCUAGGUUUCCAGCUGGAUGAUAAACGUCGGGAGAUGUUGAAACGCCACCCUCUGUCCCUUUGUAUAGACCUCAAGUGUAAAGAUGGCAGUGUGCUGCACCUCUUCUUCUACUACCUGAUGAAUCUCAAUAUCAUGACUGUAAAGGUCAAGGUGUCAACUGCCACAGACCUGACUGGAGCCAUUAGUGCAGGGGAGCUGUUGAACCCUGAGACACUGCUCAACUGCUUGUAUGCCAAUGACCAGGGCACAGACACGCCCAACCCAGCCAAUCGUUACCAGUUUGACAAAGUGGGAAUCACCACAUUUGGAGAUUAUGUGACAGACCUGGGGCACCCUUAUAUCUGGGUCCAGAACCUGGGGGGGCUGCAGUUCCCCAGCGAUAGACCUGAGUGUGUCCCAGGGGGCAGCUCUCUGAGUGCCAGUCACAUGGAGACCACCAUGAAGCUGCUGAGAGGUCGUUUGCAGUCACGACUGGCCCUGCACAAGCAAUUCUGCUCUCUGGAGCACAGUAUUGUGCCAGUGUCCAGUGAAUGCCAGCACCUUUUCCCAGCCAAGGUGGUGUCACGCCUGGCUCGAUGGACCACCACAACCUACCAAGAAUAUGUGGAGCUGCCUUUUACUAAGCAUGUUGUGCAGGCUGGCCUGGCUCUGGAGACAGACCUGUACUUCUCGGCCCUGAUUGAGAGGGGCACGGCACGUCUUCACGCUACUGUGGUGCUGAACCCUCGCUACCCUGAGGUCACCCCUCUGUUUGCCCUUUCCCUUAACUGGAAAGGGGAGCGUAGUGGUAGGACGGAUGAUAACCUGCGGGCCAUGGAGAGUGAAGUUAAUGUGUUCAAGUCAGAACUGCAGGGGCCCCGUCCGGGCUACCAGCUGCUGACCAAUCAGCUGCAGCGCCUGUGUCUUUGCCUGGACGUCUACCUUGAAACGGAGAGUCAGGAUGAAAGUGUGGAGGGGCCCCGAGAAUUUCCCCGUGAGAAGAUGUGUCUGCGUACUGUGCGGGGCCCGAAUCGCCUGAAACCCUUCAAGUACAACCACCCCCAGGGCUUCUUCAGUCACCGUUGAACAGAAUAUCCUCAGCUGAGGGGGAUCUGGGACCCUGCCUGUCUUCAGUCACUAUACACCCUCUCAUGGAUGUUUUUAUAUACAGGAUUAUGUCUGUAGAUUAGACAAUAAAAUACGUUUUCUCACAAUGUGUGUUUCGUGUACU